AGCCAUAAAGUUCAGCGAGCAAGCACGUGUUUGGCCGCUCAGCGACGGAAGCAACAUUUGUUUAAUUUUUGCGUGCUGCUGUGGUCAAAGUGCACAACGGCUCAGGCGCUGUUGUGUUUGCGUUUUGUGUGUCUGCAAGGUGUGUUUGCUGUCAGAGCGAUUUCAAGUAUGAAGAGAGGGAAGAAGGCAGAGGAGGCGGCUGCAGAUGGGGAUGAUGCUGGAUCCGCUUCUGCUAAAAAAGCAAAGAAGACUAAGGAACCUGAAGCCCCACUAAUGUAUGAUGAUCCUCCUGAUAAAAUGACCAGCAAAGACGGCCAAGACACCAACAUGAAGAUAACGUCCUGGAACGUUGAUGGGCUAAGGGCCUGGGUGAAAAAGAAGGGGCUGGAUUGGGUGCGUGAGGAAGCUCCAGACGUCAUGUGUCUACAGGAGACAAAGUGUGCAGAGAAGGACCUCCCCACUGACAUUACCUCAAUGUCAGAAUAUCCACACAAGUACUGGGCCGUUUCAGAUGACAAGGAGGGUUACAGUGGGGUGGGCAUGCUGUGCAAAAAGGAACCCCUCAAAGUAACCUACGGCAUCGGCAAAGAGGAGCAUGACAAGGAGGGAAGAGUCAUCACUGCAGAAUUCCCCACCUUCUUCCUGGUGACGGCCUAUGUUCCAAACGCCAGCCGAGGCCUUGUACGCCUGGAUUACCGCAAGACCUGGGAUGUGGACUUCAGAGCAUACCUGAGCGAGCUGGACAAAAGCAAGCCCCUGGUGCUGUGCGGCGACCUGAAUGUUGCCCACCAGGAGAUUGACCUGAAGAACCCUAAAGGAAACAAGAAAAACCCAGGCUUCACCCCUGAAGAGCGUGAAGGCUUCAGUCAGCUGCUGGCAGCGGGUUUUACCGACAGCUUUCGUGAGCUCUAUCCCGAACAGACCAACGCCUACACCUUCUGGACCUACAUGAUGAACGCCCGUGCUAAAAAUGUGGGUUGGCGACUUGAUUACUUUUUGUUAUCGUCCGCUCUGCUGCCAGGCCUGUGUGACAGCAAGAUCCGCAACAAGGUGAUGGGAAGUGACCACUGCCCCAUUACGCUGCACAUAGCUGUGUAACUAACUAGUUAUUAAGCUGCCAUGGGUGACUGCUUUGCAUCAUCUUGUGUAGUCUUGAUACUUUUGUUCCAACUUGGCCUAAAUUAAGGUGUAACUCGUUGCACCUUCUUAGAUUGCUACUUCAGCAGGAAAGUUUUUCCUCUGAAGAGGUGCCCAAAACUCUUGAUUUAGCACUAGUACUUCAGUUGUGUACUUUCCUUUAUAUUCUCACGUGAUGGGUUGCAGAAACCUACUCCUUAACACAAUAUAAUGUCCAUUUGUUAUCUAAACCCAGUAAUGUCAACCCCAGUAAUGUAACCAAGGUGCAACACUAAAUACUCUAAAGGCAUCUAAGCUGAUUGUCCACAGUGAUCUGAGACCAGCAGUAAAUCUGGUUUUCCAGGUGUCCCCUGUCUAAUACUUUUCAUUUUUAUGGCUUUGUUCAAUUUUGUCCCAGAAGAAGUCUCAAUAAAACUCAGAUUUAUGUA